AUGAUGGGGCAAGAGAAGGGAGCGUCGACGUUCGCUACGAACAGCAUCCCCGGGUCCUCAGCAUCCACCGCCAAACUCGAGGAAAAUGAGCGGAAGUUCAUGCCUCUCGAUGUCGAGGAAUAUUUCCAAGGACCAAUGGGAUAUCACCACUCGAAAUGGCCAGCUUUCAUGCGUCUCCGUGGCAGCGUGCUCCCUAAGAUGAUCAUCCCGCUCAGCUUUCUGGCGGCAUGGGCGACAAUGAUCACCUGCAUCGACAAAUUCGUAACACCUUUUGGCAUCGAGUCUUUGCUGUUGACCGUGACCGGCUUCGUGGUCGGUCUGUCGCUGUCCUUCCGGUCCUCGACGGCAUAUGAGCGAUACAUGGACGGACGAAAGUACUGGGCGCAGCUCCUCUUCACAUCCCGCAACCUCGCCAGGCUGAUUUGGAUACACGUGCAGGAGCGGCAUGGAGAGUCGGAAGAGCUGGGCAAAGCGGAUGUUCUGGGCAAGCUGGCAGCGCUCAACUUGAUAAACGCUUUUGCCGUGGCGCUCAAGCAUCGAUUGAGGUUCGAGCCGAGUAUAGAAUACCCGGAUCUUGCGCCUCUGCUUUGCAACGUCAAGACAAUGGCCGGAGAUGCCGAUCAGGCUGCUCUACGCGAACGCAAAGUGUCGUCUUGGAAGUCUGCUGGGCAGCAUCUUGGGCACUCCUUUGCUGAAAGCAAUCCAAGGAAGCUCGUCAAGCGCGCGAAGGAGAAUCUCGGGAAUACACCGUUGGAGAUCUUGACUUACUUGGCCGCCUACUUUGAGAACCUCUACACGGACAAGAACGUGACAAUCGGCACUCACCAAGUUCAGGCGACUGGACUUCUGGCCUCUUUGACGGACGUCCUCAGCGGUUGUGAGCGUGUCGUCAACACGCCUCUGCCAGUCGCUUACUCGAUCUCCAUUUCGCAAAUCACCUGGGCAUAUGUCCUCACCCUGCCGUUCCAAUUGGUAAAGUACCUGCAUUGGGUCACAAUCCCGGGUACGAUGCUGGCGGGCUACAUCAUCCUCGGUAUAGCACAGAUUGGUCGCGAGCUGGAGAAUCCAUUCGGACUCGAUGUCAACGACUUGCCACUCGACGCCUACUGCCAGGAGCUCGCGAACGAAAUCGACACGCUGACGAGCCAGCCGCCUCCGUUGGACAAUGCGCAGUGGAUGCGUGACGGUGGUGCGAAGGUGCUGUGGCCGUUUAGCGGGAUGGAGUACAAGGAGUGGGAAAGCAGGAGUUUGGAGGACAUCAGGGCUGCGCUGAAGCUGAAGUCUGGUAGUAGGGACGUGAAGAUUAAGCGGGCUGGGACGAUGUUGGCUAGUCAUGAUCUGACGAACGAGUCGUAG